GCCCGCCACAGACUGGCGUAUAUGUGUGUCAUACACGAAUGUUAUACAUGUAUGUCAUAUAUAUACGCCAGUGCACUGUUGUCCCUAGACGAGGGUGCUUGGGUGUCAAACAAGUAGUUUCAUUGUAAACGAUGAGUGAUGAAGACGAGUUCAUGUUUUUAUCAGUGGCGUAUGCAUGCCUGGUAAAAAAAAAGAGAAACAAAAGUAAAAAACAGCAUCAAGCACGUACUAAGUGGGUGAAGGAAUGGCUUUUAAAGCGACAAGAUCUUACACAUACAAAUUUACUGGAAGAAUUACGCUUAGAACCUGAUGAUUGGAGAAACUAUCUGAGAAUGGAUGAAGACAGCUACGUGAUGCUGCUUAAGUUAGUAACGCCACUAAUUGAGAAGCAGGACACAAUACUGAGACCUGCUAUAUCACCUCAGGAACGAUUAACUGCCACACUUCGCUAUCUAGCAACUGGGAGGAAUUAUGAAGAUUUAAAGUUUUCAACAAUAAUUUCCCCUGAAUCAUUAGGCAAAAUAAUUCCAGAGACCUGCAGUGCCAUAUUUAUAAGUUUUAAGGAAUGACUAUAUGAAGUUUCCGUCGACAGAGGAUGAAUGGCUACAAAUUGCAAGCGACUUUGAAAAAAGAUGUAAUUUUGUUAAUUGCGUAGGAGCAGUUGAUGGAAAACACGUGAAUAUUAUUCCGCCUGCUGGAAGUGGUUCAUAUUUUUACAACUAUAAGGGGACUCAUAGCUUAGUAUUAAUGGCAGUAGUAAAUGCCAAUUUGGAAUUUAUUAUGUGUGAUUUUGGAAUAAAUGGUCGCAGAUCUGAUAUCUGAUGGAGGAGUUAUUGAAUACAGCAGUUUCUACAAAAAACUUAAAAAUGGCCAAUUACGUUUACCGCCACCAACAAAACCACGAAAUAGUAAUACAUCGUUGCCUUUUGUUUUUAUUGCGGAUGAAGCGUUUACACUUCGCUCAGAUUUCUUAAAACCAUUCAGUCGACAAGACCUAAAUAACGAAAAAAAAAAUUUUAACUAUCGAUUAUCGCGAGCAAGAUGUAAGGUGGAAAAUGCUUUUGGAAUUUUGUCUAAUCGAUUUAGAAUUUUUCACACAAAGAUUUCUGUUAAUUUAGAAGCAAUAGACAAAAUAGUUAUGGCAACCUGUAUAUUGCACAAUUUUUUAAGACGAAGAUAUGCUACCGUAUAUUCGCCAGAAAAUAAUUUGUACAAAGAAAAUAUUGAUGAUGGGACUAUUGAAUUGGGCAUACAAUCAACUCAUGUUAAUGAUUUACAACGGGGCCAUAACCGUAGGCCGACUAAUGAGGCAAAAAAGAUAAGGGAGCUGUUUAUGAAUUACUUCAAUAAUGAAGGUGCCUUAGAAUGGCAACAAAGAAUGGUGCAUUGAUUAAAAAUUAUUGUAUUUAGAAAUAUUUUUUAAAGAAUAAUAAACUAAAAGACU